GACGAGUGAUCACCAUUCGCACCACGACUGGACCAUCAUUGUGUCCCUUCAGGCUACCAAAUACUCGCAUUCGAGCGAGAGCGGGAGGAACAUCUUUUGCGCACAUCCAACUCUGCAAGCGCAAGCGCGAACCGCGUGACCCGCCGCCUUAGAAGGAAAAUCACAGCCACCAAUCGAUUACAUAGUGCCCAUCAGAUUGAAGCUCGAGCUCCAAGUUCGCUUUGGCAACGAUGUACGCCACCUUUCGAAGGGAUGCAGCGUCUUCCAUCAGGGCUGUUAUGAGCGCCGCUCCGCCCUCUGCAAGUAUUCGGUCCAGCAGCAUCGGCGGAAAUACUCCGAGGCGAUGGCUCCUCUCCACCUCCGCCUACAGCACAACAGCAACUUCAUCCAUUGCGUCAAGAUCGAAGGGCAAAGCCGUACUGCGAGGAAGCAACCUUUUGCCACCAUACGAAGCUCGCAGUCUCAUCACAUUGCAACAAUACGUUGCCGCACAGCAAGUACGGCUGUAUGCGACACCUACGGACGACAAAGACACGGCCGACAAGAAGCUAGGUGCUCCUGAAAAGGAAGGCGAAAAGAACACAAACUUGAGCAGCGAAGUCGAGAAGGAUAUCGAGAUAGGUCUACGAGAGGCCAAGAAAGGAAAGAAGGAUGAGAUACCCAAGGAACUCAAGUCGUUCUUUGAGAAGGAAAGUGGUGACAAAGAAGCUAAGGAGGCGUCGGAUGAAGGCGAGAGCAAGCCGGCCAGCAAUAGCAGUAGCGAAAAGGGAAAGUCUGGUGGAAGAGACAAGGGAAAGGGCAAGGAGGCUGGGGGGUCAACUGGCAGCCCUUUCGGCGGUCCAGCCGAGAUUCGCAUGAAUGGCAACACGAUCCUCGCUACGGUCAUCAGCACCUACCUCAUCUACCGCCUCAACUCUACUGACACGCCAUCACGCGAGAUCACGUGGCAAGAAUUCCGCACGGCUUUCCUCGAUAAGGGCAUGGUCGACCGUCUCGUCGUCGUCAAUCGCACCAAGGUUAAGGUCUACCUGCACAGCAAUACCACUGGCAGCAUGUAUCCAAGCUCGAGUACAGACGCGAUGGGCUCGCCUCCCUCUGCCUCUGGUGCGGGCCAGGCGCAGUACUGGUUCAGCGUCGGCUCCGUCGAGGCGUUCGAGCGACGACUGGACGAAGCGCAGCGCGAGCUGGACAUUCCGGCCAGCGAGCGCAUCCCCGUAGCAUACCACGAGGAGGUCAGCACGCUGUCCACACUGGCGCACUUUGGGCCAUCCAUCCUGCUGGCCGGCCUGCUCUUCUACAUGACCCGCCGCGCAGCAGGCGGCAUGAGUGGCGGCGGUGCCGGCGGCGGACCAGGUGGGAUUUUUGGCAUCGGCAAGAGUCGCGCAAAGAUGUUCAACCAGGAGACGGAGGUCAAGACCAAGUUUGCUGACGUGGCGGGAAUGGACGAGGCAAAAGAAGAGAUCAUGGAGUUUGUCAACUUCCUCAAAAAGCCUGAGCGCUAUGAGAGGCUCGGCGCCAAGAUCCCUAGAGGUGCCAUCCUGUCCGGCCCACCUGGUACGGGUAAGACGCUCCUCGCCAAGGCGACUGCUGGUGAGGCUGGUGUCCCUUUCCUUUCUGUCUCCGGUUCCGAAUUUGUCGAGAUGUUCGUCGGUGUUGGUCCAUCGCGCGUGCGCGACAUGUUCGCGAAUGCUAAGAAACACGCGCCAUGCAUUAUUUUCGUUGACGAAAUCGACGCCAUCGGUAAGGCGCGUGGCAAAUCCGGUUCUUUCGGCGGUAAUGAUGAGCGCGAGAGUACGCUCAACGAGCUCCUCGUCCAGAUGGAUGGCUUUGGCACCGAAGAGCACGUCGUCGUCCUUGCCGGCACCAACAGGCCAGACGUGCUCGACCCUGCCCUCAUGCGCCCUGGGCGUUUCGACCGACACAUUGCGAUCGACAGACCGGACAUUAGCGGUCGUCGCGACAUCUUUGCAGUCCACCUCAAGCCGCUCAAACUGAGUGAAGACACGAACCGUGAGCUGCUUUCGGAGAAGCUGUCCACGCUCACGCCAGGAUUCAGCGGUGCGGAUGUUGCGAACGUCUGCAACGAAGCUGCGCUGAUUGCUGCGCGCGGCGGCGCGACCGCCAUUGAAGAAUAUCACUUUGAGCUGGCGAUCGAACGUGUCAUCGCCGGUCUCGAGCGCAAGAGCAGGGUGCUCAGUCCAGAGGAGAAGACUACUGUCGCAUAUCACGAAGCGGGGCAUGCUGUCUGCGGAUGGUUCCUCGAGCACGCAGAUCCAUUGCUCAAAGUCAGCAUCAUCCCGCGCGGCGUCGGUGCACUGGGAUACGCUCAGUACUUGCCCAAAGAGCGUUACCUUUUCUCCACGGAGCAGCUGAUCGAUCGGAUGUGCAUGACGCUUGGAGGGCGCGUUUCGGAAGAGAUUUUCUUCGGUAGAAUCACAACCGGUGCCCAAGACGACUUGUCCAAGAUCACUAGGAUGGCGUUCGAGAUCUGCAGCUCGUAUGGCAUGAAUGAGACGAUUGGUCCAGUGUCAUACCGCCAAGAGCAGGAAUCGAUGCACAAGCCUUUCUCUGAGCAAACUGCAUCGGCUCUUGACGCAGAGGUGAAGAAGAUGGUCCUCUCUGCGCACAAGCGAACGACGGAGCUCCUUACGAAGUACAAGGCCGAGGUAGAGAAAGUUGCACAGUUACUUUUGAAGAAGGAGGUGAUCACACGCGAGGAUAUGCGCAACUUGCUAGGCAAGCGACCAUUCAAGACGGCCGACGAGGCCGAUGAGUACCUCGACAAAAAGGGAAGGCUGACGCGCAAGGGUGAAACCAGCGCUCCGCCGCCACCACGAUCUGAGCUUGGCGAGCCUGGUCUUGCCGCCUCCCCUACGCCUGACUCGAAGCUCUAAUUUGAAGGAGAAGGGACACAUGCACACUAGGCUAGAUUUGGCUUUGCUCUCCUGUACUGUAUCGCUCCUUUGCAACCGCUCCGCC